AUGCCUCCUGUGGUCGACGAACUUGUACGGAGAGUGCCUGAUUUUGGCGAGCCUUCUAUGGGAAUUUCUAUCCACUGGGCCGAUCCAAAGGAUAUCCUCUCCGUUCUCUUUAUCCUAGGCGGCGAUCUAGUUGAACAUGCCUUUGCCCAGCUCGUUGGGACGGCUGUUCCACCAGUCGCAUUUUCAUUUGGCUGCGUCUCGUAUGGGCUGAGUGCUGUGGUAUCUGCUAUUGGCAAAAAUAGACUCAUGCCAAAUACAGAUCACCCAUGCAAGAUAAUCAACGGCGAGACGGGUAUCUCGUUUGAUAAUACCAGCUGGGUGCUCGGACGCAUAUUACGGGACCACGACUAUUGGAAACACGACGACGUCCGGAACCACCUGGAAGGCACGAUUACGAAAAAAUGGGAUCAGAUGAAGCUCGAGAGCAUAACCACCCACGGCACAUGCACCAAGAUUAGGCAGCCUAGGAAAGCAGGUCUCUGCGUGUCCAUAUACAAAGCCAAGGAGAUAGGCUUGGGAUGCCCAAAACGAGAUAAAUUCGACUACAGUGGGCUCCUGACUACAGUUGGCCAACUAGUCCUUGCGGCUAUUCCGUUGAUUAGAGAGGGGGACUGGUCACCGUUCUUAACUACCCUAGCAGGUGCUAUAUUAUCCGUCCUGUCAGGCUGUUUAAGGCAGUGGCGGCGGGAGAAAUGGCCUUGUUGUGCCAAGUCGGAGAAGACGGUUAUUUUGACCAAGGGAGCUGGAUGCCAGCAUGCCAUUGUCAUCAUCGGAGAUGGCUGCGGUUUCGAUCUUGAAGAGAUGGCGGUUGGCUUUGAGGAAAGGGACUUACCUUGUGAUAUAUUCACCAGGAUAGCAGUGCUCAUCCUCGCCGUCUUAUGGGUGCUGCUUACCAUUUUAGCAGCCGGUCUCAAGAAAAACGCAUGGUACAUCAUCACUGCAGGCGGUAUGGGCACAAUACAGAACGCAUACGUUGUUGGAGGGAAACGCACUCCUGACUCGUUCGGACUACCUUUAGAGUUCCAUGAUGUUAUCGGGGAAGUUGGUGUUAUGGAUACCCUCCUCGCCGUGGAAGAAAAAUAUCCGAACUUGGGUAGAAAUAUGGUUCCUACCUUCUUUCCUGAUGGCCAGCUCACGGAGGAGCAACGGCAGAAAUGGGACGCCCUCAAGGCUAAGGCUGCCUCUCAACCUACUAAGCCACAGCGGAGCCAUACUAUUUGA